CACCAAGCGUGUGUGCUCAUUUUGCGGCGCAUCACGCACGGGAGACGGAGACGCAUCACCCCCCACGCUUUGGGGCCUCUUGUAGGAGGGGGCAGCGCUGCAGGCUGCAGCGGUGGCGUGCUGAGGUGGCCGAGACCAUCCGCCGCGGCGGUCGCUUCCUCUCCCCGCCGGCUCCUCCACCCGCCGCCCCCCAAGUCCACCGGUCCCGCCACACUGCCGCUCCUCUCUCGGUCCAGUGGAGUGGAGAUCCAUCAGGAGUUGGCUGCGGUUUCUUCGUUUGCUGGACAAGAAAUUCUCCGGGCAUCUUUGUCUUUCAGAAACCUUUCUGUGGAUAUCAAGCUGGUAUUAAAAGUAGCUCCAAAUGUCAGGGAUUGCAGCAACUUGGCGUCGGACAAUUCAAUCAUCUGCUAGUCAGAGUGUAAUGGAGACAUUUGUUGGCCCAUCUGUGCCUUCUGGUGCUUUGAGGUGGUUCAGUAGCUGUGCUAAGCGCUCAAGAAAACCUGAUAUUACAGUUGUUGACCAGAUCAAGGUGGUGGGUCGGUAUUCUGCAGUUAAUGAUGUGGCGAGGACCAGAAGAUUGCCCUUUUCAAGUCAUAUGGACACUAAUUGGUUGAUUGCGCCAAAGUCCAGACAUGGUGCAUUGCCAGGUUUCUUAGGCAUUUCAAGCUUCCAUCGUGGAUACUCCUCAGAUACUGGAAUCAAGCCAGAAGCUUCUCGGAGUGCUGUCUCUAAUGUUCCUUCUACAGAAAGCUCUGAGGUUGGCACUGCAGGUGGUGGUGAGGGUUCUUGGAUUGAGAUCUUGCAUAAUGCUCGCAAGUCUACAGUAGAUGCUAUCACUGAUGCAGGCAAGAAAGUUAAGGAACUGACUGAUGCAGUUACACCUCAUGUCCAACAGCUAUUUGAUACAUAUCCAAAUCUUGAAAAGGUAGUUGUUCCACUUGGCGGAACGCUGUGUGGUACAAUGAUGGCAUGGUUGGUCAUGCCUAUCAUUCUAAGGAGGCUUCACAAGUACACGUCACAAAGUCCUAUAGCAGCACUUUUGGGGAACUCAACCAAGAAUGAUGUUUUAUACCAAACUAGUCUCUGGUGUGCUUUAGAGGAUCCUGCUAAAUAUCUUAUCACAUUUAUGGCAUUUUCAGAGAUGGCCACACUUAUUGCACCAAGCAUAUCAACUUAUCUUCCACAGGCAUGGAGGGCUGCGUUUGUGCUGUCUUUUGUAUGGUUCCUUCAGAGGUGGAAAACCAACUUCAUUGCUAAAGCCAUGACCAACCCAGAUACCCCUAGUGUGGACCGCGACAGAAUAUCAGCGUUUGAUAAGGUUUCUUCAUUGGGACUGAUUGGACUAGGAGUAAUGGGUCUUGCUGAAGCUUGUGGUGUAGCUGUUCAGUCAAUAUUAACUGUUGGUGGUGUGGGAGGUGUUGCUACUGCUUUUGCUGCUAGAGAUGUCCUUGGUAAUAUUCUCAGUGGGUUCUCCUUGCAAUUUUCUAAGCCAUUCUCCGUUAACGACUACAUAAAGGCGGGGCCAAUAGAAGGCAAGGUGGUCGAAAUAGGACUCACUUCUACUUCAUUGAUCAAUCCAGAAAAGCUCCCUGUCAUAGUACCCAACUCUCUGUUCUCCAGUCAGAUGAUAGUAAAUAGAUCACGAGCCGAUUGGCGAGCUAGUGUGACAAAGAUUCCAAUACGAAUUGAGGAUAUUGAGAAGGUUCCUUCUGUAUCAGAGGAGAUAAGGGUUAUGUUAAGGUCGAAUCCAAAUGUGUCCAAUAGUGAUGUUCCUUAUUGCUAUCUCUCAAGAUUGGAAAGUUCAUAUGGAGAGCUCACCAUUGGAUGCAACCUAAAAAACAUGAGAAAAGAUGAGUGGCUAUCUGCCGAACAAGAUAUUCUUUUGGGAGCUGCUAGGAUUAUUAAGUUGCAUGGCAUUGAACUUGGAAGCACUAUGCAGUGUUGUUAAUUCACAACUCUGGGACUUUAAGUUGGAUAACUUCACUUUCGCAAUCUUUUUGAUGAGGGAAUUGCAUCCAUUGGCUGGUAUAUUCCGUUAGCCUACAGAACUGUGGAACUGCAUCCUGACCUACGUGGCGGUGGCGCCUGGUGUUUUGCUUUGGGGGCGUUGGCAAGAACGUCCGUGUGCUAUGUCAUUGAUAGAUAUUUUGGACCCAUCUAUCACCGAUAGAUAUUUGUUACUGUCAUUGCCUUUGGAAGCUAGGUAUGGUAAUUGACCCCUCACUGUCCACUGGCCGUGUGGGUGAGCGGAUUGUUGCUCCAUUUUGGCUAAAAUGUCCGGUUUUAACCUCGAUACGUACGGGUUUGUCAAGCUCUAACCUGACAAUCAUCUCGAAAUGAGUAGCGUUCGACAUUGUCCAUUUGUGACA